AUGCCAAACCCCUUCGUCAUACCGCAUCUAAAUCCCUUAUAUUGCACUGUAUCACAAUCACCGUAUCACACAUAUGCCCAAUUUGAUUCGAUUCUUCCGUUGAUUAGGAUAUCGCGUUCGGUUAAAAACCCCAGCCUCUAUAGAAUCAUAUGCAUUCGAAAUCACACAGUCCCUAAUUCGAUUACUGAAGUUUUCCAACAUGGAUUCCAACAAAAAGGCAAGAGGCUCGUUGAAGAAGAAGUACCAGGUCACAGCACCAAAAAGAAAAAGAUUGUAAACAAAAACCUGUCACAGACAAGAUUGCAGACUAUACGUGAUAAGGUGACAGGUUUCUAUCCCGGUGAUAUGAAGAUUUCUGGUGGAGGAGACGAUAUGGCUUCAAUGGAAGAAAACCGAUUACAGGUGAUCAGCAAGGUUCCAAUAGGUUGUUUGUCUCUUGCUGUGUAUUUACUCCACGUUCAUCAUCCAUAUGACAGCAGAGGUGAUGGUCAAGGCCUGCAAAGGAAUUCUAAAUCAUGGAAUAAAGCAUCAAAUCUUCUUUUUCUUGAGUCUCUUGCCGGUGUAGGCCGGUUAUAUUCAAAUACAAGCUCAGACUACACUUGUGAUAAUGUGUCCACGGAUUCAAGUCUAGAAACAAUGGGAGCAAGAGACCUCGUCACAUGA